AUGUCUACUCAGAAGGCCGUUAUCGUUACCCAACCUAAGACCACGGGCUUGGUCAGUGAUCGUGCCAUUCCCAAGCUCCGCGAUGAUUACGUCCUCGUGAAGACCGUCAGCGUGGGUUUAAACCCUAGUGACUGGAAGCACGUCGACUUCCUCUCUCCGCCCGGUGUACUGUUAGGAGGCGAUUACUCUGGCGUUGUCGAGGCCGUUGGAAAAGACGUCAAACUACCCUGGAAGAAGGGUGACCGUAUCUGCGGUUUCGCCCACGGUGGUAAUGCAGUCCAGCCCGAGGAUGGCUCUUUCGCCGAAUACAUUGUUGUCAAGGGUGAUGUGCAGCUUCGAAUCCCUGAACAUCUUAGCUUUCAGGAAGCCGCCACACUCGGAGCAGGCAUCCAGACUAUCGGCCAGGCUCUAUACCAGACUUUGAGGCUGGCUCUACCGAGUCAACCUAUCAAAGAUGCGACUCCUAUUCUUAUCUAUGGCGGUUCUACCGCUACGGGUACCCUAGCGAUCCAAUUCGCCAAGCUCUCCGGUUACCAGGUGCUCACUACCUGUUCGCCGCACAACUUUGACCUUGUCCGUGCCCUUGGUGCAGAUGCUGUUUUCGAUUACCAACACCCCGACUCCGCCGCUCAAAUUCGCAAGCAGACCAACAACAACCUAAAACUAGUCUUGGACUGUAUCUCUCUUCCUCCUAGUGUUGAUUUCUGCGACAAAGCACUUUCAACCGAGGGUGGCGAGUACCUCGCACUUCUGACCGUGAAAAUCGAUCGCGCCAACGUCAACAGUCGCUUCAUCCUAGCCUACACUGUACUUGGCGAGGCCUUUAAUUUCGGUGACAUGCCCGUUCCCGCUAAGCCGGAGGAUUUCGAGCAUUCCAAGGAGUUUACUCAGGUGGCCCAGGCUCUUUUGGAUCAUAGCAAGAUCAAAGUUCAUCCUCCUAAGGUUGGAAAGGAUGGUCUACGUGGUGUCUUGGAAGGAAUGGAGCUUCUCAAGGCCAACAAAGUCAGUGGUGCGAAAUUAGUUUAUAACAUUGAGGAGACUCCUUAG